AUGUAUAAAAACCUCGUCCUCCCAACCCUCCUCCUCCUCGCCACCUCCACCACCAGCACCCCAACACUCAUCGACCUCCCCUCCCUCUCAACCUGCACGACCCUUGCCCCUAGCACAAUCGACAUCCUCGCCCACUCAAACCCAGACACACCAACCCUCGGCACCCAUCUCAACCUCACCCGCAGCACCACCUCCAAAAACACUUCCUCCGUGACCCUCACCUUCACCGAAAUCCCAACCUCCGCAACAGGGUGUAUCCUUCAACUCGCGAUCCCCCAACUAACCACCCCUCACGAGAUCGCAUCCGGAUCCGCCACGCAGGCUGAUAUCUGGAAAACGGCACCCUGGACAUCCGAUCACGCACCGACUUGGAACAAUCCCCCGGUGAAAGAUCAGAUGGUUUCGAUUGCGCGGUUCCCGACGGAGGUCACGGAUGAGGAGCAGGUGAAUUGGUUGGCGAGUGGGAACUGUGAUGGGACGAUGAGCUUUCUGGUGGAGUUGAGUGAAUGGCAGACUGGGGAGGGGAGUGUGGAGUUUGUGAAUAGGGUUGAUGGCGGGGAGGGGGAUUUGGGGUUUAGAUUGGUUUAUGGAUGUUAA